GCAGUGGGGCAAGGAGACUUGCCUUCUGUGUGGACAAGGAGAUUAAAAAAUCUGUAAGGACGGAGCAGUGGACCCAAGAGCAGGUGUCCCUGCUUGCAGAGCUACUUACACCCAAAGUGCUGGUAGCAUGUGUUUUCAAAUUGAAUAAGCUUCAGAAGCCGGUAUACUUGGAAGUAUCCCACUAGGAGAUAAAGAGGCUGGUUUUAAGACAUGAAAUGUACAGUUCUGAAGUUCUUGAAGCAAUUGAAAAUGUUAUUCAAGAUGUACUUGAAAGCUUGUCCAAAAAACAAGCACCUGUUCUCACAGUAACUAGGAGAUCAGAUUGGAGGAAUAUUGAAUUUAAAGAUUCUGUAGGUCUACAGAUGAUACCGUAUUGUACUACAAAACAAAUAAGAAGUGACUGCCCUAGAUCAGCAGCAAAGUUUGCUCUGAUGCUCAAAAUAUUAUCUAUGAUCUACAAGAUGGUGCAGAGCAAUACUUAUGCAACUAAAAGAGAUAUAUAUUACUCAGAUACACAACUGUUUGGUAGCCAGAGUGUUGUGGACAAUAUAAUCAAUGACAUUUCUUGUAUGCUUAAGAUACCUCGGAGAAGUCUACAUAUACUGUCUACAACUAAAGGUUUUGUUGCUGGUAAUUUAAGUUAUACUGAGGAAGAUGGUACAAAAGUGAAUUGUACCUGUGGUGCAACAGCAGUCACUGUGCCAUCUAAUGUUCAAGGAAUUAAAAAUUUAAACUCACAUGCCAAAUUUAUAUUAAUCGUAGAAAAAGAUGCAACUUUUCAGAGACUCCUGGAUGAUGACUUCUGCAUUAAAUUGUCCCCAUGUAUAAUGAUUACGGGAAGAGGCAUACCAGAUUUGAAUACACGACUUUUGGUCAGAAAGCUGUGGGAUACAUUUCAAAUUCCUGUUUUCGCCCUUAUGGAUGCCGAUCCACAUGGUGUAGAAAUAAUGUGCAUCUACAAAUAUGGAUCUGUGUCAAUGUCUUUUGAGGCCCAUCAUCUCACUGUUCCAUCUGUAAAGUGGCUUGGUCUCCUUCCAUCUGAUCUGAAGAGAUUAAAUGUAUGCAAAGAUGUCCUGAUUCCACUUACAAAGCAAGAUCAAAAUAAGUUAGCAAGUAUACAGAAGAGGCCUUAUAUUGCUUGUCAGCCAAUGUGGAAGAAAGAGCUGGAAAUUAUGGCAGCAUCUAAAAUGAAGGCUGAAAUUCAAGCUUUAACUUCUCUUUCAUCAGAUUACCUUUCCAGAGUCUAUUUACCAAACAAAUUGCAAUUUGGUGGAUGGUUAUGAAUGCUUGUUUGCCAAUUAACUGUUUUUCUUGAUAAUACUUUCUUGACCACUUCUUGUUCAGUUUAUCACUACAGCUAGAUUAUGCUUACCUAUUCUUUCUCUUUCAAACUAUAAAAGAAAUUACAACUCUUUUACAGAAUAUUGUUUAUUCCACUCUGUGCCUUCUGCACUAAUGAUUUCAAAUGCAGUGGUACAUACAUAACAGGAUACUGAAGUAUGUUCUUCCUAGCUAGAGAAUAUUAAGUUGUACCUGCUUGUUAAAAUUGUAUCAAGGAAUUAUUUUGCCUUCUGUUAAAGCAGAAAUUGAUGCUGUACAGUCCUUUUAAUUUUUGAAGAGUAAAAGGCUUUGUUAACAAUUUUUUGUAAAUGUCUCCUUCUGGAAAUAAUUUUAAGUACAGUGCUGUGGUAUUUUGUGUUCACUGUAAACUCAGACCUAAAAGUCAGAGAUAGUUCUUCAUUACUGCAUAUCUCAAGCAGCUAUAAAUGUUCCAGCAACCAAACUGCUAUUUGUUUUCAAUGAACAAGUAAGCAAGCAGAUGUUACUGAUUAAGAAUUUAAUAAACAAUCCUGUUAAUGAUGCACAUCAUA